AUGGCGGACUGUUACCAAUUCCCCCCACGUUCAGAAAGUAUCUGCGUGGGUGUCCUGCCGGAGAGCAUACAGGGGGGUGGAUUAGCCGUACUUGAGGUGGACAGGUUAGAGGUGAACGGAUUGACCGGGGCGAGUGCCCUAAUACGCGUGCACGAAAGCCGUAACGUACCAGUUCGAAUCGCGAUUUUGACGUUACAAGAAAUAACCCUUCCUAAGAAUAAGGUUGUCGCUUCACUAGUUCAUGCUGAAGUGUCCGAACCGUUACCUGAUUCAGGCGAAGUUCCUGUGCGAGGGAUCGAAGUUGUAGAUGUCGAGAAGAUGUUCCAGUUAGGCCACAUCGAAAGUGUUAAAGGUGACAGCCUUACCGCCUUAAUCACAAAGUACAGUGACGCGUUCGCGCUUGACAAUCUGGACUUGGGAUGCUGUGGUGUUAUUAAGCACCGUGUCCCGACACAGGACGCUGCGCCGGUGUACCGUAGGGCGUACAGGAUACCAUAUUCGAAAAGAGAGGAGAUGGAACGUCAGGUCAGCCAGCUGAUGGACAAAGGAAUCAUAGAACAUUCCACGUCACCAUGGGGCGCUCCGGUCGUGGACAUGGCUUCGGGUUAUUGGCAGAUUCAGCUAGACGAACGGGACAAGGAGAAGAUGGCGUUUACACUCCGACAGGGCAUUAUCAAUGGACAAGAAUGCCGAUGGGACUUGCAAAUAGUGCUGCCGUGUGGCAGAGAACAGCCGAGGUUGUUUUGGCUGAACUGCUUGGAAAGUCAUGCCACGUUUACCUGGAUGAUAUAA